AUGCCGGCGCGGGACCGCAACCUAACCGAUAACCGCCAGGGUUCGGAGAGCUCUGGAAAUAGCUGGAAGUCGCAGGAUACCGUGCGAAACUCUGAGAGUCAGUCUCGAGAUCAAGACGAAGCCUUUACGGGAGCUCACAAUGCCGACCCGUUUCCCAGUUCCUUAAAAAUGGACUCCAAGCCGGACUCCUCAAAACCCCCCCGGAUUGAUUGGGGAAAUUCCAUGUGGUCAUGGAACUCCCCCGACAUUUCUCCCACCGAACAACGCAAAGCUUCUGGCUUUAGCAAUCACCACGAGGCUUUGAUGGUCCCGAGCAAUCGAGAGAGCCCCUCCCAAUCAUCCGUCUCGAGUCCCCGACCUCCACCCCUUCGCCCAUCUUACGCCGACUCCGAUGAGAUCGAGUCGAUUGCCCCGUGGUCCACCAUCCCCAGCAGUGGUCAGCCAGAUGCUAGUGGUACUUUUUAUCACGAUUACUCUGAACAUGAAGCCUCGCCUGCGUCAUUCACAUUUCGUCCCACGACCGGACGAACAAUCGCAAGCGAACCCGCUGAGUAUGAAUACCAUGGGGAACAUCGCCGGCCAUCUGCUGCAAGCGCAACUACAGUCAGUAGCCAGGGAUCUAGAUCUAGUAUUAGCCAAAAGUUCCGAAAGAAGCAUUUGAAAGGUCUACUUGGAGAUGACUAUCAUUCGCCUGGGGAGCUUCAAACCGAUGACGAUGGCUCCCAGAACCCGCCGAGCAGGCGUGGGGGACCAGUCGACCAGUUGAAGGCGCGAGAGAGAGCGAACUCAGAUGGCUCACGCAAUACACCCGAGGGCUCCAACUCCUCGCAACGUCCACAGAGGCCACGGGCAAAUAACCCUUUGCCAUCCAGUGACAUCACUCCAUGGGAUUAUCAGAGCUUUAAUGACAUUCCGCAGUAUGGGGAGGCACCAGUGCGCCAUGUACCAAUCGGCCCCGAUGGACAGCGUCUUCCAUCCUCGGAAAAUGUUGCCUCAGGGCAGAAGGAGCCAAGCCGACGGGGACCUGGCAGACAUCGUUCCUCACGAAGCAAAGAAGAAAACCCGACUCUUGCUGGCGAUCUGGCAUGGUCCCAAACCCGACCUGCUACUGGCAGGGACGACAUUGGAUUGCGGCCGUUUAAUGAGAACUACCUGCAUUCAGCGAAUGACAUGAGCGACUCCACUGUAUUUGGGGGCCGGUCGACAAGUCCAACGCCCAGUGUGCGUAGCGCAUAUCGAGACCCUGAUCAGAACCCACAGCAUCCUAGACUCGGCGGAUUCAUCAAAAAGAUCCUCGGGAAGUCUCAUGACAAAUCGAGGAAUUCUUCCCCUCCGCGACGCGAUAGGCAAGGAAGCCUCGAAGGGAGUACUUCCUCUCGCUACCCGGAGUCAGUAGAUUCGGACCGAAAGAAAGAUUCUGGGAAGGGCCUGAUGGUGGGAAGAAAGCUUGGUAAUCGUCGUGUGUUCACCCAUCAAGGUGGUGACCUUUAUAACCCUAACAAGGACGACAAAAAUCAAGAGGAGAACAAGCAUGUCUUCCACCUUGAUGUCGAUAUGAAAGACCUGAACGGGAUUGUCCGUCCACCUUCGCCUGGGCAAAUGAAGCGUGGACUGGAUGGGACAAUCACACCCGGCGACGAUUCCAAACUCGAAAAGCCGUGGAAUGCGCCUGAAAGUUGGCAGGUCAGGGGGCCCGUUGACCCUACCUUAGAAGAUCCUACCUUGGAAGAACCCACCGCUGUCGGCCCUCGUGAUCGUGAAGCUUCGUACUUUAUUCGGAUCUUCCGAAUCGAUUCUACUUUUGCCACGCUAUCGGCUGGUCUGAAUGCUACCGUGUCCGAGAUCCUGCUGAUGCUUGGUCGGAAGUCUUUCUUGCAAGAUCAUCUCAACAAUUAUGAAAUUGUUCUACGAAAAAAUGAUAUUUCGCGGCAACUUGACCACAAUGAGCGACCUAUUCAAAUGCAAAAGCGGCUGCUGCAACAAGUUGGCUAUACGGAAAAGGACCGCAUCGGAGAUAUUGGCCGCGAGGAUCACAGUUAUCUCUGUCGCUUCAUAUUCUUGCCGACAAAGCUCAGUGGUUACAGCAGUCUCGAGAGUGAACCGGGUUUCAACAAAGUGCAAAAGUUCAGCCAUGUGGAUCUCCAAGGCCGCAGUCUUGUCACUAUUCCAAUUACGCUUUAUGCAAAAUCCUCCGAGAUCAUCUCACUGAACUUGUCGAGGAACUUGUCAUUAGACGUUCCCAAAGACUUUAUUCAAAGCUGCAUUAAUCUGCGAGAGAUCAAGUUCAUCGGGAAUGAGGCCGCGUUCCUCCCACAAAGCUUUGGUUUGGCCAGCCGAUUGACAUAUCUGGAUGUGUCAAACAACUGCCUUGAGGACUUGGAUCAUGCGGGUCUCGAUCGACUGACUGGUCUUGUUAGCAUCAAGAUGGCGAACAAUCAGUUAACAAAGCUGCCCAGCUCUUUCGGCAAUUUCCAAAACCUGCGAAACCUGAACAUGUCGUCAAAUAGUUUCAAGGUCUUCCCAGAUUUCCUUUGCAACCUCAAGAGUCUAGUUGAUCUCGACAUCAGCUUCAAUGGCAUAGAAGAACUUCCCAAUAUUGGCCGCUUGGCCACUCUCGAACGCCUUUGGAUGACAAACAACAACUUGAGCGGGCCUCUCGAUGAUUCCUUCGGGGAAUUAGUGAACCUCAAGGAGUUUGAUGGACGCUUCAAUGCCAUCACCAAUAUCGAUGCUCUCUCUAGUCUUCCACGGCUGGAACAGAUAUUCUUUGGUCACAAUCUUCUAUCGCGUUUCAAAGGCUCCUUCCCGAGGUUGCGGAGUUUACAUCUGGACCACUGCCCUAUGACGCAAUUUGAUGUUGACGCUCCUAUGCCAACAUUGACCUCUCUAAACCUUGCCUCCGGCAAGCUCUCCCAAUUCAGGGAUACCAUUUUCGAGAAUUGCCCGAAUAUAACGAAGCUUGUCCUUGACAAGAAUCAUAUUUCCUCGGUUUCGCCUCAGAUUGGCAAGUUGCGUCGACUGGAACACUUCAGCAUGAUCAAAAACCCCCUAUCAUCUUUGCCUCCAACUCUGGGUUGCCUUGGGGAGCUCAAGCAUCUUAAUCUGAGGGAGUGCAAUCUGAAUUCCCUACCAGCCGAAAUUUGGCAUUGUGCUAAGCUGGAAAUACUUAACAUCUCCUCAAACAUUCUGUCGAGCUUUCCAAAAUGUGGUGCUCCGUACCCUCAAAUUCCCGGUGAACCUACAAACACACCUGGGACUACACCAGGCAUUUCUGAAAACUCCAGCUAUGAAGAUAUAGGCCCACUGGAUGAACUAAGUCUACGUCGACCUAGUCAAACGUCGAAUGGUGUUAUAUCACCGAACGGGUACCGGAAUCCUUCAAAUGCUCAAUCUGGUAGGAAGGUGUCGGCGGCGUCGCCAUCAUAUACCGACCCGAACUCGGUGACUCGGAAGGACUCAAACUUCUCUCAGCAGAUGGCAAUGACGUUUGCGGCAUCCCUUCGAACACUUUCACUUGCGGACAACAGGCUUGAAGACGAUGUUUUCCGGGAACUAUCGUUGCUCCCGGAGCUGCGUAUUGUCAAUCUUUCCUACAAUGAUCUGACUGAACUACCACAAGGAAUCCUCAAAAGGUGGCCAUUGAUUUCCGAGCUGUACCUGUCCGGUAAUGAGUUGACCUCCCUCCCAUCCGAUGACCUGGAAGAGGGAAGCAACCUCAAAGUUCUUCACAUCAACGCCAACCGGUUCCAGGUCUUGCCUGCAGAGCUUUGCAAGGUCAGCAAGCUUUCUAUUUUGGAUGUGGGGAGCAACGGGCUCAAGUACAACGUGUCAAACUGGCCUUAUGAUUGGAACUGGAACUGGAACCGUAAUCUCAAGUAUCUGAAUUUCUCGGGCAACAAGCGUUUGGAAAUCAAGCCAAAUAUCGCGUCGCUGGGCCCUCCGGCCGCCAAUGGCGCUGACCUGACUGACUUCAACUCCCUGACCCAUCUCCGUGUUUUGGGACUGAUGGAUGUCACACUCACCAUUCCCACCAUCCCAGAGGAGACUGAAGAUCGCCGUGUGAGAACAUCUGCCUCCUUGGCUGGUACUCUCGCCUACGGUAUGGCCGACUCUCUUGGUAAAACCGAGCAUCUAUCUAUCAUUGAUAUGAUUGUUCCGCGGUUGAAGCAGGAUAAUGUGGAAACACUUGUGGGAAUGUUUGACGGACAGAUACUUUCCAGUGGUGGUUCUCGCGUUGCAAAGUACUUGCACGAGAAUUUCACUUCUACUUUCUCGUUUGAGCUUAAGAAGCUUCAGCGAGAUCAGGGUGAAACACCAUUGGACGCACUCCGACGGUCGUUCUUGGCAUUGAAUAAGAAUAUGGCAGGCUCUGCCUACAGGUCCAUUGAUGACCGUGAGAUCCGGCAGUACCAUCGAGGAUCGACUGCGGCCAAGUUGCUCAAUCAGGACGACAUUCAGUCAGGGGGCAUUGCUACUGUCCUGUAUCUGAACAACAUGGACUUGUACGCCGCCAAUGUCGGUGAUGCUCAGGCUAUUUUGAUCCGAUCAGAUGGUUCAAUGCUUUCUUUGACGCAAAAUCAUGAUCCCGCGGAACCUAACGAGCGCGCACGGAUUCGUGCAGCAGGAGGUUUCGUGUCUCGCACCGGGAAGCUGAAUGAUGUCCUCACCGUGUCGAGGUGCUUUGGACACUUCCCUAUGAUGCCUGCUGUCAUUGCGGCCCCUUCCACACUGCAUACCACCUUGACGGAACAAGAUGAGAUGAUCGUGUUGGCAUCAAAGGAACUCUGGGACUAUGUUACUCCCGAAGUGGUGGUUGACAUUACUAGGAGAGAACAACCAGACUUGAUGUUUGCAGCUCAAAAGUUACGUGAUUUGGCCAUCUCCUUCGGCGCCACCAAUAAGCUGAUGGUGAUGAUUCUCGGCGUUGGGGAGAUUCAAAGGAGACGCCCAAAGCCUCGUCCUUCUCUCAACACUCCCUCGUCCACGUUUGCUGAAGAGCAGAUCAUCCCAACUGCCAAGCGUCCCAAGAAGCGCGAUGGUCCUGGAGAUUCGCGACUCGCGCGCUUUGAACACGUGAAUGCUCCCGAGGGUGAAUUGACUAUCAUGUUCACUGAUAUCAAGAAAUCCACGGGUCUGUGGGAGAUUUGUCCGGAUGCGAUGCGAUCUGCUAUUCAAAUCCACAAUGACAUCCUGCGCCGGCAACUGGCAAUCUUCGGUGGCUACGAAGUCAAGACAGAAGGUGAUGCUUUCAUGGUGGCUUUCUCAACCACGACGGCUGCCUUGCUGUGGUGUUUCAACUGUCAAAACCAGCUCCUUGAAGCUGAGUGGCCUACAGAGAUUCUCGAUCAGCCCCAGUGCCGAGUUGUGGUUGACAUGGACAACAAUGUUAUCUUCCGUGGCCUGUCUGUCCGCAUGGGUGGCCAUUGGGGCGAGCCUGUCUGCGCAAAAGAUCCGGUCACCAGUCGAAUGGACUAUUUCGGUCCAAUGGUGAAUCGUGCGUCGCGAAUUUCUGCCGUCGCAGAUGGAGGACAGAUUUUCGUUUCGUCAGAUUUCAUGACCGACAUCCACCGCAGCCUCGAGAUUUUCGCGGAUGCUGAGCGUUCGGCCUCCACCAGCUCGACCGACAGCCAUCCCCGCGGCGAUAGCCUCGGCCACAACAUUCGUCGCGAGCUGCAGCAGCUGAAUAGUCAAGGUUUCGUUAUCAAAGAUCAAGGCGAAAGAAAGCUGAAGGGUCUGGAAAAUCCGGAACCCCUCUACCUUGUUUACCCCUCCUCGCUUUCUGGUCGUAUGAUCUCUACGGAGGAAUCACAGGAUCUUGACAGCUCCGCUGCAACCAUCAGCCCAGAUAACCAACUCGACAUCCAAACAAACGUCAUUUGGCGUCUCUGGGAAGUAACACUCCGUCUUGAACGACUCUGCGGUGCCAUGGAGCAUCCAAGUGAACCGAGCCUCAGAGAGCCGAACGUCGCUCUCUUCAACAUGGUCAAGAGGCAUGGUGGUGAGCUCAACGACUCAACCGUUCUCAGUUUGGUCGAUCAACAGGUCACCCGCAUCGAGGUAUGCAUCAACACACUCUCCCUACGCCACAUGAUGCGUCCCUUCAAACCGGGCGACACCCUCAGUGACCACGCCGUACCUAUCACCGAGGUACUACAGCAACUACAAACACAACUUGCCGAAUUCCAAGCUCUCAAGGAGCAGAUGGCCGUUGGUACUGCGGGCAACAUCGGCGGUCCACCAACUUAUGGCAAGGCGGCUCCUUCAGGCAGUAUCGACAGCGGUAUUACCUCCGCCUCGUCAUCUUUCCUCCACCUCCCCGGCGAUGCCAAUCGAUCGCUCUUUUGA